CGGCGUUCUCGCCGUCUCGGUUUACGUCCAGCAUUCACCAUGGUGGCACUGGAAUUCAUCUCGCAGCUGGACAAACUGCGUUUCGUCGACUCUGUUGGCCUAGAUGAUUUUGCCGACCGCUGCUCAUAUUUGUUGUCUUUCGUCCUAUUGAUAUUAUGUUUCACCAUUGUUACUCUGAAAUCGUACGUGUUCGAACCACUCUCUUGCUACAUACCCACUUCAUUUUCCGGAUCAAACCUCGGUCCCUAUAUCAACGCUUUCUGUUGGGUCAAUGGUACGACCCCAAUAAGUGUAGAAACCGAUCGUUUGGAUGAUCAAACUUACUGGAACACUUUGGAGGACAAGAAACUAAAUUAUUAUCAAUGGGUAUCGCUCGUUUUGGCUCUCCAAGCCAUUCUGUGCUACGUGCCACGCCUGGUUUGGGAGACUAUCACAUUCAAUCGUGUGGGAACCAAUUUGGGUUUUCUGCUGGAAUCCGCUCAGGCCGCCGCCAGGGAGAGCGGAAAAGAACGUGAGCAACGUGUUCAGUUCAUAGCCAACGUGAUGGAUACGCUAUUGUUCGCGCGCCGUGACCUGCGAAAACCGGAUGAUCACUCAGUCACUCAUGGCACCAUGUAUACCUUAGCUCAUGGAAUUCGUGAUCUUCUACCUAGAAAACGGCUGGGCACUGCACUGGCGAGUUACUAUAUGUUUGUUAAGUUCCUGUACUUGUUCAAUGCCAUUGGGCAACUAUUACUGAUGCAGCACUUUUUGGGCGCACGUGGGCGAUACCAGCUGUUCGGUCUUAGCAUCCUAAGCGAUUUAGUCGCUGGACGCCAAUGGAACGAGACGAGUGUGUUUCCUCGUGUCGGCUUCUGUCGCGUACCAAUCAAAUUAACAAGCACACCUAUCCCUAUGGUCACCGUACAGUGUACGCUACCAGUGAACAUGCUAAACGAGAAGGUAUACGUUUUCCUCUGGUUUUGGUUCGUGUUUGUUGCCUCUUUGGAGAUCGUGAGUGUAUUUGUGUGGAUCUACCGUUUGGCAGCCCGCCAAUCUCGUUUACGCCUUUUGGUCCGAUACUUGAAGAUUGCUGAUGCCUACGAUGAAGGCAUGGAUCCUCUUCUCACCCGUUUCGAAAUGACCUUCCUUCGACUGGACGGCAGUUUCCUCUUGCAAAUGAUGCGUCUGAAUGCAGGCAGUCUAGUAACCCAGGAGAUCUUGCAAGCCAUGCUCAAACGCUACACACAACAGGAGGAGUACGCGUUGGCCCAACAACGGAAGAAGGCGAAACCACAGUAUACUGCCACAGAUCAUGUGGACCAGGAUAAAGCCGCUUUGCUGUGUUCCUCUGAGUCCACCGAUUGUGCCGUUACGAAGCGCUCCGAACCCAUUUGACGUGUACGGUCUUGUAAUCGUUUAAACUUUUACUUCACGCCCCUCAUCGUUAUUCUAUAAUACCUCCAUUUUUUAUCCUUAUCCCGUAUCCAUGUGGGACGGAUGGAUUCGAAUGUGCAACUCAGGGACAUAUUUUUUAUCCACUGUACUUAUCAUUCACCUUUGUACUACUCCUUAGUGUUUUCUGAUGCAAUUAUAUCGGUGUGUAUAAAAAAUGAGCAUGGUCGCGUGUUUUAUCUCUGAAUUGUUCUCCUACAAAUUGGUAGCUCCUGUUGCCUUUCUCAAGACAGCUUUUGGAUUGGCUUCAAUUCUUCUGCUGUAUUUUCUGACUAAUGUAUUCCUAAAUGCUUGACAAACCGCAUCAACGUGGCUCAAAUUCUCCAAGCAUAUGACGUGGAAUUCAGUGGAUAUUGUGUAUCGAUUCAACCGAAUGUAUGGCUAUC